GUUCAAAUAACAUUGACACUUGACAUGAAAAGUUAUAAUAACUUAACUCAUUGUAAACAUUGUAGGGGAAUGAUCAUUAUCUCUUAUGUUGCGGCAGUGAGUGCAAGUACACCAUGAUGUGCCUUACGCAAAAAAUUGUGUUGUUAUUGUUGAUUGCGGACGUUUGUUCAAAGAAAGAAAAUUUCAGAAGUCACUCUAGAACCCAAGAAAAAAAGUUGAAAUCGAAUCAAGACGAUCGAAAUCAAGGGUCCUCCGAAGAAGAAGACGGGACAAAUUUGUACUCCGCUAGAAACGCAUCGCGUGCACAUACCACAAAUACGAAGCCGAAACAAGAUGCUAUUGUGGAAAAGUUCGUGGAGUCCUUAGUGUCAAGUGAGAAGUAUUACAAAAUUAUGGAAACUAUGGAGCGCAGAUUACGUCAUUUGGAGAUCUCAUUUGAUGAAAGGACUAACACGUUGGCAAAAUAUAUAUUGGAAAUACUGCAACUGGUGAAGUCAUCGCCGUCAGAAGUGAUGGAAGUAGCACUACGGUCCAUGAAAGCUGAUUUAGAUAAACUCAGGACUGCAAUAGUGAAGCAAAGUACUCAUCCAAAUAUGCGACUGGAUGGCCACGAGUAUCACGGUGAUAUAGAUACUCGGAUGACGAUCAUGGAAGGCAACAUCAAGACAGUGCUGGCUGGAGUGGAGUCGAUACAUAACACUAUAGCGGAAGUGAAGAACCGCCAAUACUCCAGGACUUUUGUCAAGUCAGAGGGCGGGAUGCCGGCGGCAGCAGACGCUUUAAACCUAAUAAAUGAAUUCCGUAGGACGUUACACGAGCAAAAGACAAGAAAAUGCGAUUGCAAAUCGGGAAGAUUUGAUCGUGCGGAGCGCUACCCAACAGAUUGUCGCGAGAUUCAAAUGCAGGGCUUCAAUGCCUCAGGCAUAUACAAAAUUAAACCAGAAGAUAUGGACCCAUUCUACGUACUCUGUGACCUCAUUACAUCUGGGGGAGGCUGGACGGUUAUCCAAAACCGCUUUGACGGUUCCCAAGAUUUUUACAAAGGCUGGUCUGACUACAAGCACGGCUUCGGCAAUCUGGCAGGCGAAUUUUGGUUGGGCUUAGAGAAGCUGAACUACUUGACAAAUCAGAAGCUGUACGAGUUAAGAAUUGAGAUGGAGACGCAGCACGGACAAGAGGCUUACGCCGGCUACUCAGUCUUCACAGUGGGCCCUGAACACGAAGGAUAUAGAAUCAGCACUCUGGGAACCUAUUUCGGAACUGCGGGGGAUUCUUUAACAUACCAUGCAGGACAAAAGUUUUCUUCUUUGGACAUGGACAAUGACGAAUGGAAAGACGGCGCCUGCGCAACUGAACACGGCGGAGCUUGGUGGUACAAGGAGUGCGACAAGAGUAACCUCAACGGAAGAUACACGAUGUCAUCAGAAGAACACAGAGGACAAUCGAUUUAUUGGAUAUCUUUCAAAGGCCCCAAUUCUCCGUUGUCUAAAACGAAGAUGAUGAUAAGACCACUACCGGCAAGCAAGCCUGUCGACUAUACUGAUAGUUUGAAACGGAAAAUUGUAGAUACCAAUAAACUGAGAAGUCCACACGAAUCCUCAAGUAACACAAGGGCGAAGGAGAAGAAGACAGCGUACGAUAUCGGCCGCGCGCCCUAUCGAUACGAAGAGCCAACACACGCCGAUGCAUUCUUCCCCAACUAUGCCUGAACCACACACGUAACACCGAAUGGUAUCACUCUUCAUUGAUCCUGAAUAUCACAAAAAGCACUCGAAGGCUUUGAUUAAACAGUAAAAUCGGCCCUUUUGAUUCAUCUGCCUUCAUUAAUAAAGCGGGAUAAUCUUUAUUAUUAUUAUUAUAGGUACUAUUCGCGGACAAAAUUAGUUCACUGAAAAGGGGCAAACCUUUAUGCGAUUAUCUAUUCAAAACUCCCCUUGCCAACUUUAAAGAGUACGGAGAUUUAUCUCCAGUAUGAAUGUACCUUAAAUGGAUACUUACGAAGUUUUUUUUAUUUUUUAGUAAACGUCAUAAAAUCAAAGUAAUUCUGCAAAUCAAUCACAACAUUCAAAUUUAAUUAUACUAAGAACUCGCAAUAAAAACGGGCGAUUUAUAAUCCAGUACACCAAGCACGAACAACUAGCGUGAAAGUAUUCGUAUCGCCAUCGUCAAGUUUCCAUGGCAGGAACUAGUUUGUUCUUACGUCCAGUAGGGGCGCUGCUUAAAAUCUUUACGAUGGCGAUACGAAUGCUUUCUCGCUGGUUGUUCGUGCUUGGGGUACGUACUGAUCACAAUAUAAGCUUACUUUAAAAGCUGCUACUAUCAGUUUAUUUAAAAAAUGUAAAUGAAAUUACACUUUUGUUAACACUGUUAGCUCUUAAUGUUACAGCAUUAUUUAUAUAGUUAUAUUUUUAAUUAAUCUGAAAGUACGUAAAAAGUUAGCCUUUUAUAAUUUUGUUAUAUUAAAAAGAUCGGGUUUUAUAUAACGUUUAAGUAUGAUAGUAUUUUUAUACAGAAUCCUGUUCUAAGUAACUUUCUUACAGAGAUAAUGCACGUAGCCAUUAUCAUGUAGAUAAAGCAUAUAUUUAAAAAGUUACAAAAUGUUAACGUUAAGUUGAAAUAUUACUUAGGUGUGAAUGUAUCAUAAACUCCUUCUUACUUAUUUUUCUAUAUGUAAAAAUAGGAAAAGAAUAAUGGUAGGUUCUUAUUAUAUUUUCUAAGAACAACAACCUAACUAAUUAAAUAAUCUUUAGUGUAUAUUUUUUAUUAAUGAUUGUUAUAAUCUCCUCCUCUACUCCUUUAUUUUAUAAAUUGAACAUAUAAUUUAAUAUAUACCAAUAGUAUACUCCGAACCCUAACACUGAUAUAUGAACUUACUACUCUUAAGUUUACUUUUACGAAAGAUGUGCGAAUUUUUUAAUUAAUUUUAAGCAUAUUACUGAAAUAGCGCUGUGGUUGCAGGAUUCUUCUUCAGAGUGCGUAUUAUGAACUCUUGCGCUAAACAAUAACAGCGCCAGUGGUUAAAGCGGGUUGCCGCUCUACUGUGCCUAUAACGAGGUCACGCUUUAACAAAAGGUAUUGUCUGGUUUGUUAAGAGUUCAUAUAAUAUGAUCUCCGGUAUUUUUUAUUAGCGAUUUAUGACAAACAUUUAACUUAAAAAAUGCACUUUUAUUAUAUUUUUUGUUUGAAAAUAUGAUUAUGAUAAUUAACUGAUGGCGAUUGAUUGCCGAGAGAAUGUUUUUGCUAGUAAUAAAUUUUCUUUAGUAUCCGUAUAGUUCAAGUAAAUUUAGUAAGUUUUUUUAGAUACUGUAGAUUUGGAUAUUAUGUUCAAUUUUAUUAUUUAAAGAAAGAAGUGAAUAAAUGUUUGGUACUCCAUAACAUGUUUUAAGGUCGGUUACACAUUACGAUGGAUUUAAAUAAAAUGAAC